AUGAGAAGGGGCUUUGGGCCUGGGAGGCCCGGUAAAAAAUCAGGGUCAGAGACGUGCACUGGCGAGCCCUCUGCCCGCCAACUUGCAGAUGAGGCCGACAGCUUGCAACAGCAAGGGGAGCGAAGGAAAGGCCUGCAAGCUGCAGCUAAAUUUGAGGCGGCAGCUUUCAAAUACCAGCAAGCUCUUGAGGCCUUGGUCCGGCAGCAGCAGCGGCAGGGCUUAAGCAUUGCCCCCCAAGAAAAUGCGUCAACACCCUCGCAUUCUAUGGGCGAAGGCCGCAGCUCUAUUGCCUCCUGGGAGGAGGCUAUCGACAUGAGAUCCAGCCUGGCCGAGUGCCACCAAAUGCUGGGGGAGGCGUUGAUGGCAGCGGCGGCUGCACGGCUGGAUGCGGAGCUCACACCAGAUGUGGAGCGUCAGGCCGCCGUGACUGCCAUGCAGCGCCUGACGAUUGCAUUGCGGCACUACGCGUGCUGCCAUCCGGCUGCCGUACUGACGGUCCAAGAACCCACAGCCGGCAGCGGCGGCACUGCUUCUGCUGCGGCAUCGCUGCCGGCGGCUUUUGCGGCGGCGGCAGCGGCGGCCACUGCCGCCGCCGCGGUGGCAGCGGCGUUGCCGGCGGAGGUUUCCGUUAACGCGGGCAAUUGCAUGUCAUCGUUGGCCGAAGUUUUGGAGGAGGAAGCGGGCAUCGCGGUGUUGGCGUCGCCGCUGACGGAAUGUCUGUCAAUGUACGACAUGACGUUGCGCUGCUACCGCUCAGCGGCGGCAUGCUACAGAUCGGCUAUCGCGCGUGAGGAAGACGCCCUUACCCUGAGCAACCUGGGUGAUGUGCUCGUCCAAAGCGGCACGUGUCUGCACGACAUCGCCCGUUUGGUCCGGGACGCGGAUCCCGAUGAGGCCGUGAAGGCGUUACAGCUGUUUAGUCCGCCGCCAGCGGCAGUGGCGGCAGGGGAGCAAGCGCCUCCGCUUCUGCCAUCACCGUUGGAGUGGGUGAUGGCGCGCGAGGCGGAGUCUCAGUCCGACUUUUCGGCAGCUAUAUCGUCGUACGAGGCCGCCUGUUCCAUGAGUGACUCCACGCAGGGUGACGAUCUCCCGGGGCUGCUGUGCAACUGGGGCGCCGGGCUGCGCAGCCUGGCCACCUGCCUGCAGGAUCCCGCUGCGCGUCUGCCCCUCCUGGAGCAAGCCGCCGCGCGGUUGGCCCAGGCGGCGUCAUUUGAUCGGGGGGAUCCCGCGCCGCUGCGUAGUCUGGGGGACACGCUGGCAGCGGCGGGUGAGGCGGCAGAGGCGCUCGCCACAUCCUCUGAUGAUGCCGCAGCCGUACGGCAUUGGUACGACGUGGCGACGGCGCAUCUGCAGGCGGCGCUGGAACGCGGCUACGCCGCUGCUUUGGCGCUGCGGAGGGACGACCCUGAGGCCCUGGUGUGUUCGGGGGAGGUGCACCUGGCCUUGGCAAGGCUAGCGCGGAAGAGCUCCAAGGAGGCAGCAGCCGCGGCUGCAGUCUCCGCCGGCGGCAAUAGCGACGCUGAUGCAGCGGUGCAGCGGCACGCGGCGGCGGCGGCGGCGGCGCUUCAGUCGGCUGUAGUUCGCCCUGAGCGGCUGGGGGGCUGGCGACAGCGCUGCGAUGUGCGAUACAACCUGGCGUGUGCGUUGGCCUUGGCGGGUCGUCACCAGGAAGCUCAUCAGCUGCUGACGGCGCUGCUGAGCUGCGGUGCCGUACGGCCAUCCGAGCUAGUACGUGACGUGGAUUUGGAAGCCGUACGGCACCUGCCCUGGUUCCAAGCGCUGCUAACUGCCUCAUAA